CACACUGACAUGGCUGCUGAUAGAGGAGAAGCUAACAACAAUAUUAACGACGACAUGGGGAAUCAGCUACUGCAUUUGCGAGGAAAUGAGGAGGAGGAGGAGGAUGAAAUGGAAACAGAGGAUCGAGACAGUGAAAAUGCAAAGAAGCCGAGCAUCAUUAACUUUGACCCCAGUCUGCCCACCUCACAUGCUUAUCUGGGCUCAGACAUGGAAGAGUUUCAUGGCCGUACUCUUCAUGACGAGGACAGUCUGCAGACCUUGCCCGUUCUCCCUCACGCUGCUCUGAUACUAAUCCCGGGUCAGACGCUGCCACUACAGCUCUUCAGACCGCAGGAGGUCAGCAUGUUCCGCAACUUGGUCAGCCAGGACCGCACAUUUGCUGUGCUUGCACACAGUCCUGAUGCUAGCGGAGGUGAAUUAACAGCAGAGUUUGGGACGACAGCAGAGAUCUAUGCUUUCCGUGAGGAGCAGGAGUACGGUAUUGAGACAGUAAAAAUCAAAGCUAUCGGACGCCAACGCUUUAAAGUGCAUGAGAUUCGCACUCAGGCAGACGGGAUUCGCCAGGCAAAGGUACAGAUUUUGCCUGAAAGGAUCCUGCUCGACCCUCUAAGUGCACUGCAGCAUUUGUCCUGCUUACGAACACAUAUUCCACACGCCAAACCAACACAAAUGCAAAGUCAAGUGCAACGCUGCCAGUCGUACAGACGGAGGAAGUUGUGUUCUGCUAGUAUGACCUCAUGGCCUCCUUGGGUGUACUCCCUGUAUGACUCUGAGACUCUGAUGAGCAGAGUCAAGAAGCAGCUCCAUGAGUGGGAUGAAAACCUUAAAGACGAUUCGCUACCUACAAAUGCUAUAGAUUUCUCAUACAGGGUGGCUGCCUGUCUGCCAAUAGAUGAUGCUCUUAGACUUCAACUGCUGAGGAUUGGUAGUGCUAUUCAGAGAUUGCGCUGUGAGUUGGACAUCAUGGACAGGUGUACAUCUUUAUGCUGCAAACACUGCCAGGACACAGAGAUCACAACCAAGAAUGAAAUAUUCAGUCUUUCUCUGUAUGGACCGAUGGCAGUUUAUGUGAAUCCUCAUGGUUAUGUUCAUGAAACCCUGACUGUCUACAAGGCUAACAACCUUAACUUAAUUGGUAGACCCUCUACAUUACACAGUUGGUUCCCAGGGUACGCAUGGACUAUAGCUCAGUGCCGGACCUGUGGUUCUCAUAUAGGCUGGAAGUUCUCAGCGGUAAAAAAGGAUUUGAGUCCUCAGCGCUUCUGGGGUCUGACUCGCUCUGCUCUCCUACCAACAAUCCCUCAGAGCGAGGAGGGUGUCGAGGGGUCACGUCAGCUCUGCCUGUGACCUUUGCAUGGCUCACAUGAAAUCCUCCUGCAACAUAGCCCAAAUCAUCCCACUCCAUACUGAGGAGAAAGACACGGCAGGAGUCAGGGAUCUGUGAGGUUGAGGUUGAGGUAAAAAGGAGACAGUUAGAGAAGAUGGGGUGCAGAUUGAAGAAUUGAAAGGUGAGAGAUGAAGAGGGAAAAACUGCUGUGUAAACUGUGUUCUCAUGCAGAGUGAAACUUAAUUGUCACUGUAUAGCACAGUGAAUAAUGUCACUUUAAUGCUUUUGCAAUCUGAAUACAUUCUACUGGUUUGUGUUCUUGUAACUGCACUCUGUCUUGCUGACUUAAGAACUACUUACAGUUGCAAGAUGAAAUGUGUGAACCAUUUGGAAUAGCUUGGAAUUCUGAAUUAGCAGAUUAGUAAGACUGUAGCUCAGUAGUGUACUUCCAUAAAACAUCUUUUGUUUGUAUUGUUUAUGGUGGACACAAUGAGGUUUUAAUUUCCAGAGAUUUCUGCAAGUCCCAGGGGUUCUAUCCUAUUUUCUUUAGCAUUUCUCUUCCAGUGUUACAGUGUUUGCUAAAUGCCCACCCCUUUGCAGAGUAGCAACAAUACUUAAAUUGUUUAAUUUUUACACCACUUGUCUUAUUGUGUAUAAUGAAUACUCUUAUCCUGAAUGCAGAUUUAGCUUUUCCCGGUUUAUUUCUUCUAUACAAUCCUUCUAAAGCCUGCUAAGUGUAAUUUGGCUAGUGCUUGGUUUACAUGAACAGAUCUUUGGAACUAGGAGACUCAGACUCCAGUUUGAGGACCAAGUAUCUCAACAACCCACACAUUAAAUCUUAUUUUAAGUAACUGGAACACAUCUUCUGAAAAACUGUUAUUCAAAAAACAUGCUUAUGUGUUAACAGGCUAGAGGGAAUUAUUGUCUGCCUAAGCUUAAGUAUUCAAAUUUGUAAAGCAGAAAUCCAGGUAAAUCCAGUGUUCAAAACGUUUUCCUGCAACUGUAAUUUUUUUCAACAACUAUUUAUGCCUACAGCAAUUUUUCCUUAAGUAUUUGGAAAGUAUUUGCUCUUGGUGUAUAGUUUAUAUAAUUAUCUUUUGGGUAUGUUUAUAUGGAAUAAGCCUUCUGUGUAAAAAAAAAGAGAUUAUUUUAUGUGGGUGCAUAAUAGGCCAAAGCAAGAUCAUUUAUAUGAGGUUAUAAAGCAUCAGGAUAAUACUUGGGAAGUUGUCUCAUGUGUGUUACUGAGUACCAGAGAAACUGUGGAUUUGAAUGGACAGUCUGGGAUUUAUUUUACAUCAUAAUUUAAGUCUUAACAGUGGGACAGCUCUCAUUAUUUUUGUAUUUACCAAAUGUACUUAACCCCCUUUUUACAUGUUGUCAAUGACUGUUAUUUGUUGAUGUGUAUUAUGCUCACUAAAGAAAUUGUCAGUGGCAGGUCAGUGCAUUGACUACAACACAUUGGGAAACAAUUAUAAUGCAGUUGUCACAGUUUCUCAUGAUAAAAAAUACAUAGAAUCAGAUCCACAUAAAACAGCUUGUGUGUAUUUCAACAUUGCAUAUUCAUUGCCACUUACUACCAUAUGGAUUUAGGGAGUUAUGCUGUUUAGUACUAAGGUAAUAAAAUCUGUAAUGGAUAUUUG